AUGAUGAACCCUCUGCUAGGGUUUGUCCAUGAAGGAAAGCGGAAUGAUGAAGAGGAAGAUCCUCGUGAGCGGAGCACUAAAAAAUUCAAAGGAAAGGGACUAGAUGGGAUAGAGGAUAAUAUUGUUUUCGUUCAUAGUGGCGCACAAAAACCCAUCUCUUUCAAGGAGCUGUUUCUCGGAUCAACGUCAGAGUCAUUUCAACAAAUAUCACAAGAAGAACAUGGAGUCACUGAUACUAAUUUGUGUGGGGAAAUGCAAAUUGCGGAACAUCGAUUUGGAGAGUAUGAGUGUCCGGAAAUCAUACUGUCUGAAAAGGAAGAGGAAAGAAUUGCUGGACCAUGGAGGAAAGGAGUGAUUGUAAAAAUGCUGGGAAAGCGAAUAGGCUACAGAGCCCUGGAAAAUCGUUUAAACCAGAUGUGGGCGAGAAAUGGUACAAUAAGCGUUGUUGAUCUGGGUAAUGACUAUUUCAUGGUUUCCUUUACCAGCGAUACAGAUCAUGAUAAUGCUUUGAUGGAAGGGCCUUGGUUGAUUUAUGAUCACUACCUCACAGUUAGAGAAUGGAGACCAAAUUUCUGUCCAACUAGUGAUGCUAUUGAGGAGAUUGCUGUAUGGGUGAGAAUCUCAGGACUUCCCUUAGAAUAUUACGAUGCCAGAGUCUUAUCCUUUAUCGGCAAUAGAAUUGGGCAAACAGUAAAGGUGGAUAGGAACACUCUGUGUAUUGAAAGAGGGAAAUAUGCUAGAUUGUGUGUGCAAAUGGAUCUCACAAAACUGCUGCUUGCUAUGUUUUCCAUAAAAGGGCGGCACUACAAAAUAGAAUACGAAGGUCUCCACCGCCUAUGCAUGAUUUGUGGCAGAUUUGGGCAUGUCAAAGACGGAUGUGGAGAAUUUCAAGUCGCACAUACUCCAAGAGAUGACGGAAAUACCAUUGUUCAGAAAGUUAAUGACGGGGCAGCAAAUGAGAAGCCUACUAGAGAAGAUGGUCCCUGGGUGGUGGUUCAGAAAACCGGAAGAAAUAGAAGAACAUCCCCGCAUAUUUUCAGAGAUACAACAAAGAAGACGGCGGCGAUUUUAAUCGGAGGUGCUCCGAUUGUGACAAUACAAUGUUGUUGUUUUUAA